AUGAAAUAUUUUGUCGCAGUACUGUGCCUAGUGGCAUGUGUGGUAGCUGAAGAAAACGCACGCGAGAAGCGCGGCUACCUCGGAGGUCUGCACUCCGGUGGCUUCGGAAGCGGCUUGUCGCUCGGUGGUGGUUACUCCGGCCAUGGAGGCUACUCUGGCUCAAGCGGCUACUCCGCGCCCUCAGCUCGGCUCGUCACCGUCAACAAAGUUGUGAACGUCCCUAAAGUUGUGAGCGUACCCGAAGUAGUCAACGUGAAGAAGGUCAUUUCCGUGCCCCAAGUUAUAUCUGAAAACAGAUUAGUGUCCUCCGGCGGUGGAUACAGCAGUGGAUUUGGAAGCGGACUCGGCGGCGGACACAGCGGCGGAUACAGCAGUGGACUUGGAAUUGGACACGGUGGCUACUCCAGCGGCUGGUAA